AUGAAUCGUUUAGAAAAACUUAAAUAUCUUAAUGAAUUAAUUCUUAAUAAUUGUGCAAUUGAUGAAAUUAAAUUACCAAAUCAAGCAGAAACAGCUAAACAAAUAAUAAUUUCACAUUUAUCAAAUUUAACACAUUUAAAUAGAGUUUUUAUUAAUCGUGAUGAAAGACGUGGAGCUGAAAUUGAUUAUUUUGAUCAAAAAUUAGAUUUUAUUAAUGAACAUAGACAAUAUAAAAAAUUAAUUGAAAAAUAUGUCAUCACAAAAGGUCUUUGUAUUCGUCGAAAUUUAUUACAAGUAAUAUUUGAAUUUGGUGGUGAAUCAUUUGUUCCUGGAAGUGAUUCAUCACAUUUUUGUAAACCAGCUGCUGUUGUUACAUCAAAUGAUGGUUCAAAUAUUUAUAUUGCUGAUAUGGAUUUGAAAUUUGGUAAACCACAUGAUUUGGUUUUCAGUGUAAAUGAUUGUUCAUUAUUCGUUGAUGAAAUUCGUCCGAAUCGUAUUGAUUCACUUGAUGUUCUUAAUUAA